AAUGCGCCCUAGACUACCAUACUGAACUGUUCCCGUUCAACCCUUUCACAGAACAAAAUACUCGAGUAUGGUAUAAGCUCUGGCGAAGGACAAUAUACGAGUAUACCCCCUAUUGUUAUGGAUUUUAACCACCUUAUAGAGCGAGGGAAGAAACCACCACUAAUGCGAUCCAAUACCGGAAAUCUGGGAUCAUCUAAACGUCACCAAAUCCUACAUACAAGCCCCUCUUUAUCCCUCCCGUUCCACCUCCACCGAAGCCGUGAGGAUACCUCACGCCCGAAAGCCACGGCAGCUUCACCAGAUGUAGAGACCUACAAUUACGAAUAUCAAGCAAAUCAACACUCGGCCUCGCUACCAGCCAGCAGAAAAGGCUCACUGCACCAUGAAAUGCCGGAGCGCAAGAUCUCCGUUCCGAGGAACAAGCCCACCGUCUCCAAUACAGGGCGAGAGGAACUCUCCUGCGCAAUUACCACCCUCCAAACCUCCAGCCAAAAGCAGAUGCAAAGACUAGACACAACCUACUCUUCGGUCCUCCAAAAACUCCACGAACUCUCCGGCCUAGCCUCACACCUGCAAGAACUGGGCAAGGUAGCAAAGUCUACGGUUCAAGAAUUCGACGCAGCAGACGCCCGCUGCCAGAGCGAGUUCAGGUCGCAGAUUAGAGUCAUAGAGAGGUUCAAGGAUGAGCUAUGGAACAUUGAAUUAUUGCGAGAACGGCUGGUAGCGCAGAAGGAACGGGUUAGGGAGUACCACGAGAGGCUGGAUAAGGUUCAGGAGAGGAUCGAUAGGCAUAAGGAGAUGGAGAUGGUUUGGAAGAAGAGGGCUUCUAGACGGCUGAGGCUACUAUGGGGCUUCAUUUCCAUCCUCGUCAUUCUCUGGUUACUAGCCACCGCCGGCAACGACUUGGAAACUCCUCUACAGGACGACCCAUUACGAGCGCCGCCGCAGUUGGCAAUACCAACACCUGAGCUCGCAAGGGAGUUGCUGGACAUCUCCAUCGUCGCUCCAAUGCUAUCAGAUGAUGCUUUGAACGAGUUGUAA